AUGUCCACUGUCCGAGAUUUUCCAACAAUCAAGGCGAUCCGCUCGUAUAUAAUUGGUGGUGUUGGCUCUGGUGGUGAUUAUCACAAUGUCAAGGGUGGCCAUUGGUUGAUUGAUUCUGACAUCUCAACUCCUUGCUCGAUAUGGGAUCAAUACAAGAAAUCGCGGACAAGCUGGGGUAUCAAUGUUUUGGGAUCCUUCCUGGUUGAGAUCGAGGCUACAGAUGGCACAGUGGGUUUCGCAACCGGCUUUGGUGGUCCUCCUGGCUGCUGGUUGGUUCACCAACACUUCGAGCGUUUCCUCAUCGGCGCCGACCCUCGAAACACGAACCUGCUCUUUGAGCAGAUGUACAGAGCCUCCAUGUUCUACGGCCGAAAAGGUCUUCCAGUGGCUGUCAUCUCGGUAAUUGACCUUGCCCUUUGGGAUCUACUGGGCAAAAUCCGAAACGAGCCCGUGUACAAGAUGAUUGGUGGUGCCGCAAGAGAGCGUCUCAACUUCUACUGCACUGGCCCUGAGCCAACAGCAGCCAAGGCUAUGGGUUUCUGGGGAGGCAAGGUGCCUCUUCCCUACUGCCCAGCAGAUGGCCACGAAGGAAUCAGAAAGAACAUCGAGUUUCUUCGCAAGCACAGAGAAAGUGUCGGGCCCGACUUCCCAAUCAUGGUCGACUGCUACAUGAGUUUGAAUGUUUCUUACACUAUCGAGAUUGUCGAGAAGACCAAGGAUCUCAAUAUCAACUGGUGGGAGGAGUGCUUGAGUCCCGAUGACACCGAUGGUUUCGAGCAGAUCAAGCGGGCUCACCCUACCGUCAAGUUCACAACCGGAGAACACGAAUACUCGAGAUACGGUUUCCGAAAGCUUAUCGAGGGUCGCAAUCUCGAUAUCAUCCAGCCUGAUGUCAUGUGGCUCGGUGGUCUGACCGAGUUGCUCAAGGUUUCCGCCAUGGCAGCAGCAUACGAUAUCCCCGUGGUGCCCCAUGCCAGUGGCCCCUACAGUUACCACUUCGUCAUUUCGCAACCAAACUCACCAUUCCAGGAAUACUUGGCCAACUCACCUGAUGGAAAGAGCGUCUUGCCUGUGUUUGGAGACCUCUUCCUCGAUGAGCCAAUCCCCACUCAGGGUUUCUUGACGAGUGCCGAUCUGGACAAGCCCGGUUUCGGACUUACAAUAAACCCUGCUGUACGAUCGAAGCUGAUUUCAUCAUCCUACCUCUUGUCGCCGCCACCCGCUGCUGGCCUGCCGCCGCCUGCCGAGCAGAAGAAGGAGCCCGAGGCUAAUGGUGAGCCCGGCCUUGUGCAAAAGCUCACGGAGGGCGUCAAGGAUCUCCACGCUGCAUAG